GACAAUUAGUCCAGAAAAUGCCUACAUACUUCGUAAAUGGCAAGAAAAAAAGAAACGUGAAAUGGGCGAGGAUCAGUUCAACGCUUAUAUGCUGUGAAAGGAGGUUCAUGAGGCCAUACAGCAAAGGCUACUUCGGGGCAGUUUUCCCUCCGAUUUAUCCGGUGCCGUGUCCCCUUAUUGUCGAAGCGUUUCCCAUUUCCUUGACAGUGUGA